AAUUUUUCUUAUCUAGUCUCAGAGUUUUGCUAGAUUUUGUGCUCUAAAGACGUGAAUUAAGAAUAAGAAGAUGAAGAAAAUAUCUGUGGAUCGUGGAAAGGUGAUACAAAUUAUUGCAGCAGCUUCUGCCAAUUUAUUGAGUAUUCUGUUCGGUUUUGUACUUGGAUGGACUUCUCCGGCAAUCAUUUUUCUUCAAUCGGAGGAUUCACCGUUAGAGAGUGGUCCUAUUUCUAUAAAUGAUGCUUCCCUUAUGACAUCAUUGCUGUCUGUUGGUGCUGUAUUGGGAUGUGUAUUUGCAGGAUGGCUAGCAAAUGCCGUUGGAAGAAAAAUUAGUCUUCAAAUACUAAUUUUGCCCCAACUCUGUGCUUUUAUACUGAUAGCAACGGCUAAAACUGUUACAUAUCUCCAUAUUUCACGCGUUCUAAGUGGAUUUUCUGCUGGUGCUUGUGUCGUUGUGUUCCCUAUAUUCAUCUCAGAAAUUGCUGACAAGAGCUUGAGAAGUGUCAUUGGAAAUUUCCUGGGGUUAGGCUUUAAUUUUGGAUGUCUCGUGGGAAAAAUUCUAACAUCUUAUGCUGGUUACUAUGCUACACCAAUUGUUGCCAUUGUCAUCAUUGGGAGUUUUUUGGCGAUAUUUACCUACCUUCCAGAUACUCCACAAUAUUUUUUGCUACGAAAUCGCGAAGAAGCUGCUCAGAACUCCCUCAAGUUUUAUAGGGGAGUUCACAGAAAGGAGCAAAUGACUCAGAAAGUUGCUGAAGAAUUUGCUGAAUUGAAGGCAUCUCCAAGUUUGACAAAUCAGAAGAUAUCAUUGUCUCGUGACGAUUUUAAGGGAGCAUCUACAUUCCUUGCAAUUGUUAUCACUUUUGUCCUCAGUGCGAAUCAGAACUUCACCGGGAGUCGUAUUCUCAUAGCCUACACACAAUCCCUGUUCAGGGAAUCAGGAUCUCGAAUGGAUGAAGCUGCAAUGGACCUUACUGUUACAGUAAUUCAAGUGAUAACUGCUAUUGCGUGCAUACCAAUUAUCAAAAUGUUUGGUUCUAGAAAUCCUCUUCUUUGGUUUUAUCUAAUAUCCGGAAUUUUCCUCAUGAUUGCUGGUAUUCAUUACAAUCUCCAUGAAAAUGGAGUUGAUAUGAGUGACUAUGCAUGGUUAAUUAUCAUAUCAUUUGCAGUUUCUAUUGCAAUUCCCGGAACGGGUAUUGUUUCAAUUUCAUUUGUGCUUCCGACUGAAAUUCUUCCACCUAAAAUUCGGGGUAGUGUUAUUAGUGGACUAUUGCUCUUUUCCUGGAUUUUAGCUAUUGUUUUAGUGCAGUUUUAUUUUCAAUUGGCAGAAUUCUGGGGACAUUCAGUAUGGAUGUAUAUAUUUUCCAUUUGGUGUCUUUUAAAUGUGAUAUUUUCGUAUUUUUUCAUACCAGAAACAAAAGGGAAGAACUUUGAUGAGGUUGUUGUACUGUUAAAUGAAAGAGUACCCAGGAAGUUUAAGAAAAAUAUGCCUGUGUCAAAGGAUAUUACUAGCUAGUGGAAAAAAUAGAAAAUUAUGAAAAUAAAUUUUGUAUCAUACUCAAAUACCUCAAAUGUACUCAAUGAUAUAUUUUACAUCAUAAAAAAUAAAUCAAGACUUCAUAACA